UCGCUCCCGGCCCCGCCCCGCGGAACUCCCUUCCCACUGCGGCCCCUCCCAGCGCCGGGGCGGACACAGGGUUUGGUGUUGGCUCGGCUGUGUGCCACGCACGGCUCUACGCGCUGCGACCAUGGGGGUGCACGGCGUCAAGGCGGUGUUCUUCGACCUGGACAACACGCUGGUGGACACGGCGGCGGCCGGGCGCUGCGCCAUCGAGGAGGUGGUGAACGCGCUCCGCUCCAAGCACCACUACGGGGAGGGGGAGGCCCGCGGGAUCUGCGACAAAGUGCAGGAGAAGCUUCUCAAGGAGUGCCACGACCCCGCCAAGAUGUGCAUCACCGACCUGCGCAUCUCGCACUGGGAGGAGGCGAUCCGGGAGACCGUCGGCGGUGAAGCCAACCGCAGCCUGGCCGCAGAGUGCUACUUCUUGUGGAAGGCCACCCGGCUGCGGCACCUGACGCUGCCCGAGGACACGCGGGACAUGCUGACCGAGCUGCGCAAAGCCGUCCGCCUGCUGCUCCUCACCAACGGAGACCGGCAGACGCAGCGAGAGAAGAUCGAGGCCUGUGCCUGCCAGCCCUACUUCGACGCCAUCGUGGUGGGAGGCGAGCAGAAGGAGGAGAAGCCCGCGCCGUCCAUCUUUCACUACUGCUGCGAGCUGCUGGGCGUGCAGCCGGCAGAGUGCGUCAUGGUGGGGGACUCUCUCGACACAGACAUCCAGGGAGGCCUGAACGCCGGCCUGAGAGCCACCGUGUGGUUAAACAAGUCGAUGGCGGCCCCGGCUGAUGCCUCCCCGGUGCCUCAUUAUGUCAUUGCCUCCGUUCUGGACCUGCCGGCCGUGCUGCAGAAGAUAGAGCACAAGGUGAACGCCAAGUUAGGAACUGACCGUGCUGCGGGUGGGACGGAGGCCCCUUGAGGGCUGCAGGGAGCUGCUGCCUGUGCUCUUGAUACAGAUCUGACCCUAGGAUUUUCAACUUGUGUAUGUUAUGUUUUAAGCAGCAGGUGGAGCGUGGUUGUCAAUGAAACGGGGUAAAAACAGAGUAUUGGAUCAAUAUCAUCAUAGUAUCAUAGUCUCGUGCGGGUUGGAAGGGACCUUAGAGAAAGGAUAUAAAGAAUAUAUAAGGAAUAUAAAAGAUGCAAGCACAGUUUGUGUGCUGGAACAGUAGUUCCAGCCUGUAUCUGGAAAUUACUUGGACUGACUGGCUAAAGCAUGUUUGUCUCUGAUGGAAGUCCCUUGUUUCUACACUGGAAAAGAAAAUCAGAAUGUUUUGGUCAUUCAGUGGCAGUUAUUUGCUUUGCUGAGCUGUAAGUUCAGCAGAGAGCUUCAGUUCAGACCUUGCUGGCAGCACAUAAAGAACACAAAGGUGAGAAAGCAGUGUGCAAUUUGCAGACCUUCACAGUCCGUCUACAGCUUAUCUCAGAAAUGGAAGUGAAUUUUGCUGUUCCUAAAACCUGAAUUUAUUGAUAGAACUUAUUAUGUAGCCAACCACUUGGAAGUGAUUUUUCUCUGAUCCCUUUUCAAGUUUUAGUGCAGUGACUUUUAUGGAAUCUGUAACUUGCCAAAAGUACUUCAUUGCACAUACAAACUUGCAUUUGUACAGGGGACCAUUUAUCAGAGGAACUCCAUGGAUAAGUUUUAACUUUUUAUCAUCUUGGUGCUGCACAUAAGCAGUGUACUUGUAAAUCAGACCAUGAUUUUUGUUGUAUCAUUGAUACAACAGGGAUAUUUACAGUGAUCAUCUUACUGUACUGUAACUUCUUUGGCAGUUCAUAUUAUUGUUCUGUCUGAUUUUAUUAGGGAAUUUUGAUCAGACUCAUUGGAGAAACUGUUUUUGCUCUUGCUCAGGUGUGUGACCGCUCAGAUUCAGCUGUGCAGGAUCAGUGCUGUUUUUGACUGAAUGGCACUGCUGUUCAUCCCUCCUUACUCCCAUUUCCACAUGUGUCUCAUGUGAUGUGCUCUGGAGAAGAUGUUAGUUGUUUGUAAAUGGCUUUCUUAACACUUUUCCAUGAAAAUGGAAAAUGUGGAAGAUGGUGUCCUAUGUAAUUGCAGCGCUAUGUAUAGUUUCUUAACGUGUACAUGCAUUUGGUGGAACACUUGAAACUAAAAGUUGCUGAGAUGGCCCUCUGAAACACCACGAUUUCUCUGUCCCAGAUUAUUAUCUUACUUUAAAUUUGUUUUAUUUCAUAUACUUACUACAAAAGAAAUAAGAGAAUUUUGGGUGAGCGUGCGCAAGAAAUGUAUAGAAGAAGUGUAUCAAUUGAAAUUCACGUAAACAAAGGUACAAUUAAGGAAGUUUCACGCAGUAUCAUGGAUUCUGUUCAGAGGAACUUUGUUUACAACAGUACCCCGCAAUAGAAGCGAAGCAGUUUAACUGCACUGCUUGCAUAGCAUCAGGCUGAAAGAACUUGUGUCAGAUUGAGGUUUCUGACCUAGCUGUAAUGUAAAAUAGCAGAUAAUAGUAAUUCACAGUUCUGUCUGUGGGAUUGAAGGGUAUUUAUUUACCUGGUUACCUUUUUUUAAUGUAAGUUGAGGCUUGCAUUCUCUUGCUGUUGAAUCAUUCUGAAAUAGGAUGCUGAUCCUGUUUCUUGUUUAGAAGGUCUCUUAUUAUAUGAAUCUGUUCUUUGUUUUGCACUUGGUUUUAGCCAGUUAUUUUCUUACAUUUAUUAUCUAUGAAGAAAAUGCUGUAACUGAACACUCAGGGGAUAGUGUGGUCUGUAGAGGCCACACCUGAAUAUAUUUCAUUUCCAUUGUGAGUACUGUACCAGGCUGGAUGUGACUAUCAGCUUCCAGUUAGGGCAACGCUAUAAUGAUGCUGCUAUACAAGAAGAAGAAAAGAUACAAGGUAUUUUUCUAUCAGGCAUCUUCUUAGAAGCAGUUACCCAAAAAACUGGAUUAGGUAUCUGGAAUAUCUAAAUACUCAAAUGGUUUUCCUUGAUGGAGCUGUUACAGAAAACCAAGUGAAAAAUAGUUUUAUUAAUGGAAAAAUACAUGUAAUAGUGGAAUAAUUUUCAAAUCGAGUAAAAAAAAUAGAUGAAUAAAAUUGUCUGUAUUCAGUUUCAGUUAAGGUCUGGUUUUGCUUAGUGAUAUGCUCUAUUAGGUAAGUUGUCUAGUUUAAAUUAUGCUACCAAAACACACUAAAUAAAGAGGAAGAAGAAAAUCUAUUUGUUUUUAAAUCACAUUUUCUCAGAUAAAUAUCUCCUGAGGUUAAACUUCAGUAACACUGACUUUAAACUGUAACAACAGUCUAAUGCCAACUGUAUUUAAGACAACCCAUGUACCAGUCUAAUAAAGGUAUUUUGUUUAUAAAACA